AUGAACAAACAGGGCCAACAUGCAAGUACCGCCGAGUCCAUCGCUUUCAUUGGAGCCGGCAUGAUGAGAACAGGGACGCGUAGUCUGCAGGCUGCUUUAGAAAAGAUCUACAGUGGCCCCUGUUAUCACACCUUCGAUUCUAUGCAGAACUCUCCACAAGAUCUCCAGUUCUGGGUGGAAAGCCUUGAAGACAUGGAGCGUGGCGUGCUACGGACUGAUCGAGCGUACUGGGAUCGACUGCUGCAUGGCUAUCAUGGACUGACGGAUUUUCCUGGAUCGGUCUUCUUUAAAGAGCUAAUGCAAGCUUAUCCCAACGCUAAAGUACGCAACCAUUUUGGGAACUGGACUUGUACCAGAGACCUAUACAUGUAUCUGUUUUUGUUUCACUGAAAUAAUGGCAUUCGUCCCCGGAGUCCGUAAAAUAAGCAAAAUUUAUUUUAUCCUUUUCUUUCUUAUGGAGCUGAUUAACAUUAGCCGCGGUGAUCACUUUAGACCUUGCGAACAAAAACAAAUGCAUUCGUGAUUCAAUCGAACUCUGCUUGCUGCAUGUCGUCAUGUGCGUCCAGGUUAAAGAUUAGACGAACUACUUUGCAUUUUCCUUGUUAAUUCGACAGGCUAAUGAAGGUCUGUUUAUAAUACUUAAUUGUCAUGAAUAAGAUAAUAAUCUUUUCCUUACUAUGCGACAACCUCGACACGCAGUUAAUAAUGGCAAAGCAGUUACAUUAAGUAUUGAUUAUGUGUAUGCAUAUAGUUUAGGUGGGUGCAUGCCACCUUCACUGCUCUAACCCUGCUGUGUAUCACACGGUGGACAUCGUCGAUCACGGCGAUCAAAAUGUCAGGUGUUUGUGUUGGUCUUCUCCUUAAAGUGUCCUAUUUAAGUCCUACGUCAAAGAUAUUUGCAGAAAGCAUGCAGUUUGUACUUUUAUUUCUAUAAGCGGAAGAUCGACUUGCCGAAUUCUUGAGCUUUUACUUUUAUCUGUCCCACAAGCCAGUCUCUUGCUCUUUUUAUCGGCAGCAAGGGGCGCGCAUGGCACUUUUUAUGAUUAACGGCAUUUUGAAUCCAUAAUAACAUUUUUUACACUAGAUACAAAACGCCCUGAGUUUGGAUUUUGAAAGUCCACAAUCCCGCCGUUGUCGUAUGAGCUAUUAAUCAGAAAUAUGCCUUUUGGGAAUCGUGUGUCUAUUAAUAAGAUUUAACUUUGUGAAACAUUCUAGCUGGGGCCAAACCUCGCCGUAAAUUUCUUGCCUGUUUCUUUUCUAUCACUGUUUUUGUAUGCAGUUUUAUCCAUUCCUACACUGCAAUCAUAGUUGAUUCUCACGAACCUGACCAUUGUAGUUAAGAAUGAAGGUAUAAACUGCAGUAGUCCACCACCUAGUUGAAGUACACCCUUUCUUCCCACGUUCUUCAGUGAUGAUGACCACAGAACUUUGAACUUCACACUGUAGGUGAAGAUUGGUCUUUUUGAAAUCCGAAGUGUCAUCUAAUGCGCUAACCAUAUGAGCUACGAGGCAGUUCAUAUUUGCUUAGUCCACCUUAGAUAGUACCCCUAGUGAGUAGAAGUUCGGGCUUUGUCAGCUUCUCUGUUACCGUAUAAGUCAAAGGGUGACUUGACUUGGACAAAAUCUGGAAUUUCGGAGAGGGCAAAAUAAGGCCAAUACUGGGAACCCAUUUUCACGGCAAAGCAGAGCAUUACGCACUGUAGUAGAUCUGACACGAUUGAUUUGCUCACAACGCAUAAGGAGUUGUGGCAUACUAGGUUGUCAGCUGACGCGAGGACUUGGUUCUUCUCAGGAACGAUGGUCUGGCUGAAGUAACUUUAUCCUAACGUGGCCAUUAUGGCACUCUCGCGCAUGUGAGACCAGGACUCCCUGAAUGUUGAUUGGCAUAUGUGGAGCGGGCAGCUAGUCAUGUGCGGCACACGUAUAUGGACCGAGUCCAUCCCCGGUCCUAUUGGCAAGCUCUUGCAGUCGGACCUCGAUAUGUGUGAAAAAAUAGUGAGGUAGAGUAGGUGGACUAACUCAUGAAAUGUCAACCGAAGUUCCGAAGUACGUCUUCCUUUCGAAAAGAUUAAUUAAGAAGGGUUGUAAAACUAGUCAGCCUGCAACAUAAUUCUAUAAUAUUUCAGUUACCUCAGGAUGCCGGCUUUCGAAUGAACUUCCUUCCGGCUGCAUGCAGGGACUACACUCGGUAAGAAAUGACUACUUAAGAAGCAUGCGUCUUUCUCAUUGAUUUUCAAUGCCCUUGGACAGUCAAUUAUAUUUAAUGGAAAACAUGCAUAAAAGUAUUCAUUCUUCUGCUCAUUCGGUAGAAACUUACGUUUUCUUCAAUUCUUAUACUCAAAGAAGAGACAUAAUAAUGCUAUAAAAAACUUUUCCAAUUCCCGAAAAAUUUUGAACCCGCUCUGCCGUCCCACUUGCAUUCCGGGUUUCCAAACUACAAGCCGUAUAUUUUCCGCGUACGGAAAACCACAUAUUUCUCUACGGUAAUAAAGCGGGUUGGAUACCAGUGUCGCAACACUCCGUUACUGAUGCUAGUAUUAUUGCAGUUAGUUACCCUUACUGUAAGCGUUGGUAGAGUAGCAUUGGCAGCCGUGGUGGCGGUGGUAGUAGUAGUAGUAGUACUAAUAGUAGGAUUAUUUGUAGUAUUCGCCGUAUCAGUGGUGGUAGACGGGGGAAAAAGUUUUCUUCAGUGUUGCGACACUGUAUUCCCGCCAGUGGUAGUAGUAUUAGUAGUAACAGCGGUAGUAGUGGUAGUAGUAGCAGUAGUAGUGGUGGUGGUAGUAGUAGUAUUAGUGGUAGUGGUAGUAGUAGUAGUCCGCCCGUAAGACAGGCUGGUGGGGGAAUAGACAAUGCUAAGUGUUGCGACACUGUAUUCCGACCAUAAAGCGGGACUAUAUAGGGUUCAAUAAGUUUAGCAUUGGAUUUAAUCCAUAUUGUUAACUUUACAAUCCACAUUAGUAACUGCGGAGAAAUGACGAUUUAUGAAUGGCCAUUCUACGGUAUUUAAAAGCCUUACAAUAAGAAACCUUUUUUAAAAUCGAAUUAUGUCCCUCCUUCGAGUAUAAAACUGGAAGAAGACGUAAUGUUCAACCGAAUGAGUGAAAGAAUAGAUGUUUUUAUGCAUGUUUUCCAUAAAAUAUAAUUGGACUUUUUGGGACAUCGAAAAUCAAAGAGAAAAAUGCAUGCUACUUAAGUAGUCAUUUCUUACGGAGUAUAGUUUUUGCAUGCAGCCAGAAGAAAGUUCGUUCGAAGGCCGGUAUCCUGCGAUAUCUGAAUUAUUAUAGCAUUAUAUUGUAGGCCAAUUAGUUUUACAGCCCUACUUAAUUAAUCUUUUUGAAAGGAAAACGCACUUCGGAAUUUCGGUUGACAUUUCAUAAGUUAGCCCACGCACUACAUAUGCAUCGGAAUUCCGCUUCACCAUAAACGGCCGCAAGCGCAAGUUACUCUUUUGCUUAUGUGGAGAAGCAGCAAUUUACGUCGUCGUUUAUCACGGCGAAACGCUCAUGUAUAAGUUGACAUUGCAGUGGACUCUGCCGACAAGAAACUCACUUAACAUAUGACGUUUGAUUUAAAUUUAGCAUUAAAAUAUCGGUGGGGGUUAAGUAUAUGCGCGGGGUAAAAAAAUGGCGAUUGUUGUUUUUACGAGUCCAUUAACGUUUUAACACUUGCUGUACUGGCGGACAUAUGCGUUCCGUCCGCCACUAUUUCGAGCAUUUUUGCUGCCUGACGGCCGACCUUUUUUAAACUGAAGCUUUCCUUUUGCAAAACAAUUACGUGUGGGGUGCGCAGAACAAAGGACUAAUGUAGACACUUUAGACGUACUGGUCCCUUAGGGUUGCACAGGCAGCGAUUGUCAUCCUGCCAACAAAGGACCAACCAAAAUCGCUGGAGAACAGUGCCUUCUUUGAAAAAUGUAGUAGGCAGUUCCCAAUAUUGUUUCCUUGCCACGCGUAUAUACUUAAUUUUUUUCCAAAAUGUCCUUUUCGACGUUUUCCUAUCCUACGAAUGACCUAACACUAACCCUUACUCUAGCCGUAUAACCCCGGCCCGAUAAGGGCAACCUUAAGGUCAUUAACGAUGGUGAAGUUCAAGGUCCACGUAUCACAUAACUCCUUGCGCAGCCUAUUCCCAGGCAAACCUUUAUGAAACAUACCCACACAAGUCUGCUAAGGAGGUGGAAUUCUCGGACAACCACCCAUAUGCAUUGUAUUCCAUACCCUCGCUCCGAACACUCGAGUAUACUAAUGUACACAGGAGCACAACGCUUUGAUAGUUGUGAAAAUUAACCUCCGAUCAGGGACUGAAAAAUAUGACAUUUGGACAACUGAAAAUUUUGUGGGAAACCGGCCGCAAAUCCAAUGUAUGAACAAGGUUCAUUAGUUUGGUAAAACAUAUGUACGUUAACCCUAUAAAAGCGCGCAUCUGGGCAAUACGUCCUCUCUCAUAGAUGAGCUUCAUUUAAAGCAAUGUUUUAAAUAAGACAACGCAACCGAACUUGACUCUUUAGGCAUUCUUCGACGCAGGUUACCUGGAAAAUCAGAGUAACUUACUGUUCCGAAGAUUAUCUUAUUUCAAAGAGUCUGCUACCGUUUCCUAUGCCAGUGCCCUUUACGUAAAGUGAUAAUUAACAGCUCACUUAUUAUUCAGGAAGUUUAUGAAAUUGAGUCCGUCAUUCUCCUGAUUGCUCCCAAAUUCACGGUGUUGUCGUUAAAAGAACAGACAUGCCUAUGUUCGCCAGGCGAGGAGGUCUCCGCCAUGAAAUUGCUCACAGUAACACCCCCGCUGGAAAAAACAUUUGAGAUAAGGCGCUGUUUGAUUGGUUUUCCAAGUCGCGUGUGAAGGCUCUGGAUUUGAAAACAACUGUGACGCGCUGGAUUUUGGGACUUUGUUUUUUGACAUGCAGACCGACAGGUCAAAACAACUCGCAGUGGCUGCAAAAAUAUUUCGUCAAAGCGUGAAUGCCGAAGGUUCUCGGGACUUAUGGAAAUAAUACAAGAUACUUUGGUCCUUGCAACUAUCUCUUAUUUUUACUCACAGCAUUAAAUCAAGUCACAGAGAUUUCAUUAAUAUCGGAGCUAACUUCGGUCGAAUCGUAAAAUCUGUUAGCAGCAAAUGAUAAGUGUUUUUAAAAGUCGUCACUCUGGCAUGUUUUAUGUUUUCUGUUUAAAAACCUCAUCAUUCUUCCUUAAACAAUCACUCCUCCUAACAUAUUUAUCGUUCCAAUAAAAUCAAAAGAUCCACUGGAAUGAAACAAAAUACAGUGACAUUCGGCACACUUUCCGUUCCUUUUAUUUGAAUAAAACACUUAUUCCCAUUUUCUAAUGUAUAUGUGUUUUCGCAGCAUCGUUCGGCAAUCGGGUACACUAAUUGAUGGGAUAAUGUAGAUCCUCGUCUACAGGGCCUAAGAUUUUCAUUCUGAGUUUCGAUGCAAGUACGUAUAUAAAAUGCGAAAUUUAAAUACGUCCAGCAUGCAUAUUUAGACUGUAAAUGGACAGUCAUGUUUAGAUUAUGCGUGGAACGUCAGCUGUCAUAGCAAGCUAAAGCAUGUGAAUUGCUCAAGCAUAUUAUAAAGCGACAUGUUAUUUGCAUUUAUAGCGCGCCAGUAUGCCUUUGAAUUCAACGCGCUUGGUCUGUUUGAAAAAGCAUAAUAUUUAUCUUCGCCGCCAAGACCCUGAUCAUCUUUUCUUUUAUAAAAUAUUCCAGGAACGGCAGGAAGGCUCUUGCAGGAGAUGCAUUUAGUAAAUUAAUUCGAAUGAUGUUUAAAUGACGCUGUUCCAUGAAGUUGUUCACUGAUAUAUCAUGUGAUAACUGUCAUUAGCAGAACCGAGAAAAGCAGAUAGCAGUUAAACGCUGGGGUUAAGUACGAUUUUAACUGCCAACUUAAAAGGAUGUGUAGUAUAUGUACAAAAAAAUCGUUUUCUAAGUGCCCGCAUUUGACAUUUUGGCAAAAGACUGACAAACUGUUGCACAUUGCUAACUCCAAUAAAUCAGGCACCGACAUAUGUAAACGCAAUGACGCGUAUAUAACUAGAAACCGAAUACCGGAAUAUUUGCCGCAAAGCACCUACCGGUUCGUAUCAGUAAUUCUGCGUAUUACACCAGUUUUGAUAUUGUGCAGCAGACAAUGGGAGCCGUUUUCCAUAACCUUGCAUUUCCAUAAUUUUCAGGUGAUUCUGACGACGCGAGAUCCCGACGCCUGGGUGGAAAGCAUGAGAUCAACGGUAUUUCCGCUGGACUUCUACAAAGGUCAAGGAGUCUGCCUUGAUUUCGUUCUCUGGCUCAGGGGCAUCACUGGAAUCUUGCAGAUUGUUGACAAGGGCAUGCGCCUCGCACUGAGGCGCAACAGAGACGAAUUAAUGAAUGACGACCAGCUACGGCAGGCCUUCAUCGAGUGGACCGAAUACGUGAAGAAGACCGUGCCACCCGAACGUCUGCUUAUAUUCAAUGCUAAUGAGGGCUGGACGCCACUCUGUCGUUAUCUUAACCGGCCUGUUCCAGACUGUCCGUUUCCACGCGUGAACUGUCGCAAGGAGAUGAAAAGAUACAUGGGGUUUAAUAAACCCCUAAGUCUGACUCUGAAAUAUAUUGUCCCCGUUGCGCUGUGCGCCUGGUUAUGUUAUGUGGCAGUACGAAGAAUCACUGGAAAAGGUCUCCAGAGCUUAAUAGUGUAG